GUAAAAAUGUUGGUGGUGUAGCUAUGGCAACUAGGCUGAAAAGUCAAUAGCACUAACAUUAGUCUUUAUAAAUGUUAUGUAUGUGUAUAAAUACAAAAACAAUAUACAUAAUUAAAACAACAACAAAAAUAACUUAGAAAGCAAUGAAAAAGCGGAUGGAAAAAGUAAACAAGGAGAAAGUACAUUAUGGAGUCGAGGAAGAGCUUUUACAGACUGCAGAUGAUUACCAGUGUUCAGGACAGCUGGAUGUGGAUUUCCCAGAGCUGUGUGCUUUAUUUGGCCUGAAUGAAAUCCCUGAUGUUAGACCAGUAACAGCAGCUUCACCUCCUACAGAAAGAACACUGGACAGUAACCGGGAACAGAGUAUCUCUGAUAGCUGUAUGAAAGCCUGGUCUCCUAAACCCUGCCUUCACAUAGAAAUGGAGAAUGAGGACUCUCGGAGCGUGAAACGUGUCCGAAUAUCCGGAUGGAGGGUAGACGAGGUGAUGGCUCGAGUGCUGAGUAAGACGUUACCAUCCCUCAGUAAUCUGCGGAGCUUAGAGAUGUGGCAAGUGGGAUUGACCGACACCGUUCUGACCUCCUUGAAGGACACAAUUUGUUUGUGCACAAAGCUCAGGAGAGUUAUUUUGGAUGGAACUCCCAUUCCACGAAGCCCUUACCAUAUUCUCCUGGGAGAGGACAGCAUGAUAACACACUUGUCAUUGCGACACAAUCGCAUCGAAGAAGAAGGAGCACGUCUAAUUGGUUUGGCACUCUCUAAGAAUCUCCUGUCCCUCAACAUGGCCUUUAACGCUGUCGGCGACAUGGGUGCUAUGUAUUUAGCUCAGGCGUUGCGUCUCAAUCGCAAUUUGUUGUAUCUCUCCCUGGCCAACAAUCACAUAAGCGAUGUAGGAGCGGCCCAUCUGGCUCAGGUGUUUGGCCCAUUUGCUUUGACACAUGAAGAAAUCGUGGAAAGGAGGAGGCUGUUGAAAAGGAAGGACAGACUGUCAGCUCAGUUGAUAAGCGAAGUCUCUAAAUGUGAGUCAGCUCAGUCGAUCCCCAGCAGCUCGUCGCUGGAGUACAACAUCAAAAGUGCCACCAAGAAAAAGGAUUCCAGCAAAAAGGAUGAGAAGACUCCAAUAAGUCAAACUACAACAGGAAAGAAAGAGGACCCCAAAUUGGAUAAAAAAAGAACCUCAGAUACUAAAAUGACACAAGGCAGAGGUGGAAAAUCUGAUGGAAAAGACAAGCUUGUAUCAGUGAAAGAACAAGAGACAGAAGAAGUGGCUGAAACACAAAGCCCUUUGCUGAAUCCUGCUAUACAGAACAUUGGUGGGAAAGUGAUUUAUCCAGGCAACACAACACUUCUCUCUCUGAACUUGUCAGGCAAUAAACUGAUGCAGCAGUCGCUUCAGAGUUUCCUGUCAUCUGUGGAUUGUCAAGGGCAAAGAGGUCUCCAGUAUAUUUCUCUUAAUAGAAACUGUUUUCCUCCAGAUUGUGAGGUCUUCAUAAAACUACAGGAAAUGAUGUCAAUCAAGGAUCCUCUCAACAGAACCAACUCAGCUCAGGUCGAGGCUGAACAGGGAAAGGCAUCAUAGAAUAACAUUAUAUUUUCCACCUCAGAUGAUUUUUUAAUUCUGUCUAAUACCAAGCUUUGAUAAAUCACAUUGAGCUGGACAUUAAAUGUUGUACAUUAUGUAUCUAGGACUACUUACUAAGUCCUCAGCUCUGUCUUUGUUUUAUUUAACACCAUGUUCUUGGUCCUGGAGAAACUUCGUCUUGUUUCACUGUGUACUACAACAGCUAUAUAUGGUUGAAAUGACAAUGAAAGCUACUUGACUUGACUUGACUACAUGUUGCUGUUGCUAAUUCGCAAAAUAAAUUUUGAAACAUGAUAAAAACA